UAGCAGUUCUGCGCUGCGGGCAAGUCCUGUGCCUAGCUGCUAGGAUUCUCCAGUCGUAGGCUUUUCAACUUCCAGUUGCUUUAAAUAUUUGCGGUACUGUAAGAACACUGCUCUAGGAUCUGGUAGCACAGUGUCUAGAUGAAGAGGAAACAUCAAACAUACUUGUCUUUGUGAUUUUCCGCACCGGUUUCACUGGAUUUCUUUAUAGUUAUUCUAUUAUAUUUGUGUUCUCCUACGGUCCCCGCUUGGAUUUACGAAGGGCGUGUUGGUGUUCUCAAUAUACCGGGAGUUUUUCUCCUGUCCUUCGAUAUAUUUAAGGAAUGACCGCAACUGGAAAAGGACUGCGAAUCUCUUGAAUGGAAAAAAUGGAAUACAGCAAUCUUGAAAACAGAUUUGAAGAAAAACUGUCAUUAACAGAGAAAUGUCAGCCCCCCACCCCAGAGCCUUUGACCAUCCAGACUGAAGACACCGUGAUGGUGAAGGAUCUUCUAACGCCAGAUGACUCAGCCAUCUCAGACCUCUCCCCAAACACAGAAUCCUGUCCCAAAACAGAGCCCUCCUCAAAGACAGAAGCCAGACCUGGCACCCCUGGGUCUGGAACCAGCCCACAGCCCAAAAAAGGAGAUGGGCUGACCACAGAGCAACGUCAGAAGCAGGCCAGGGAACGGAGAGAGGAGAGGGCUAAAUACAUUGAACAGCAAACUCAGCUUCAAGCGGCUAAGAAGGCCCAGUGGCUAGAGAAGGAGGAGAAGGCAAGGCGUCUGAGGGAGAGCCAGCUGGAGGAGCGAAGGAGGAGACUGGAGGAGCAGAGACUUAAGUUGGAGAAACGCAGGGCCCUCCUGGAAGAGAAGCAGAGGCAGAAGCUGGAGAAGAACAAGGAGCGGUACGAGGCGGCCAUCAAGAAGUCAACCAAAAAGACUUGGGCUGAGAUCCGUCAGCAGAGAUGGUCAUGGGCUGGAGGUCUCAACCAAACCUCCCGCAGACAAAGCAGAUGCUCGGCCUCCACUGUCAACUUGCCGAGACAGGUGGACCCUGUCAUUAACAACAGGCUGUCCAAGUCCUCUGCCACCCUCUGGAACUCCCCCAACCGAACCCGUAGUCUGCGCCUGAGCGCUUGGGAGAGCCGGAUCGUGGAGCGGCUCAUGACUCCCACGCUGUCCUUCCUGGCGCGCAGCCGCAGCGCCGUGACCCUGCUCAACGCCAGUGACUCCCGGGACCCGCACUCCCGCCACUGUUCCCGUUCAGCCUCGGCCAGUCCGCUGGACUCCUGCUCCCACCCCCACAUGCACAGGGACUCCUCAGAGCGCUGGAGGGGAGGAGUGUCCGCCAGCACGCCAGACAUAACGCAGCGCCAACGCCGACGGAACUCAACGCCGUUUGAUAAGAAGAAGAAAGAGAAGAGAGACAAGGAGCGGGAGAAUGAGAAAGAGAAGAAUGCUCUGUCCAGUGAGAAAGUGCUGAAGAAGACGCCAGCUACAACAUCGACCACCCCCAGGUCCAGGCGGGAGUCCAGCAAUGCCCCUAAACCCAAAAACAGACCCCCGUCACCUGUGGCUCCCAAAAGCAGGCCGCUGUCCCCCUGUCCCCCGACGGUUCCCAAGACCCCCUCUACAGGCAAGAAGACCCCAACAAGCGUCAAACCCCGACCCAAACGAGCCCAGACACCUGCCAGGGUACAGCCUCAGCCCGUCGCGGCGGUCGCUGUGGAAACGAACGGCGAGCCCCAACAGCCUGACACCCCUGAGGAGACAAAGAGCCCUGGUAAUGUUCCUGCCAUUACAGUGUCUGCAGCUCCGGUGACACCCCCCUCUCUGGCCGCCCCCGUCCCCAGCUGCCCCCCUGCCUCAACCCCAGAGCCGGCCGCCUCCGCUCCGCCUACCGCCCCAAGCACCCCGUCUGCCCCAGCGGCUCCAGCCUCCCGGCCCUCGGCCGGCACCAACGACCCGGAGGAGGCGGCGCGGGUCCUGGCUGAGAAACGCAGACAGGCUCGGGAGCUACGGGAGAGAGAGGAGCAGGAACGCCUAGAGCAGGAGCAGAGGACACGAAUUGCUCGCGAGGAGGGCAUGGCUCGGGAGGCGGAGGAGAGAAGGCGCAGGGAGGAGGAGGCGCGCCUAAUGGCAGAGGAACAGCGGCUGAGGGAUGAGGCCCAACGUCUGGAGGAGGAGAAGGAGGCACAGGACAAGGCCAAGGCUGAACAGGAGGAAACCAAACGCCUGCUGAAACAGAGAGAAGAGGCUGAGGCCAAGGCCCGUGACGAAGCGGAGCGUCAGCGCCUGGAGAGAGAGAGACACUUCCAGAAAGAGGAACAGGCACGCCUGGAGAGGAAGAAGCGCCUUGAGGAGAUCAUGAAGAGGACGCGUAAGAGUGAUGUCGGAGAAAAGACUACACUGCCAAAGGAGUCCAGUUCCCCAGCACAGGUCAAUGGGAAGGACACUAUGGAGCAUCAUAAAGCAGUUACUGAGAGACAGCAAAGUGCAGCAGAGUGUGUCCCUAUCCUAAAUGGUGUUCAACCAGCCAAUCACCAAAAUGGCCUCUCGGCCAAUGGGGAGGUUUCUGACUUCAAACAGAUUAUACAGCUGUCCAAUCACACUGGGAGCAGCAACUGUGGCCCGGCGCAAACAGUGAGCGGAAAUGUCAGUGAACCAAUCCUGGCCUUCGAAGGAGGAGAGUCCUUCCGGAUGAAAACAGGCUCCAUGAAGCCUCAGCAUGUUGCAGAAGUCCUCUGAGUCUUCAGGCUUCUUCUGAGACGUGUCUUACACCACCAGUUGAGCAAAUCGAUUUGUGCCACACACCGCAACAGCUUAUAAAAGAAGGGUGCCAAACAAAGAAACAAACUAUGGACUGCUCUAGAAUCACUAAAAGCAUCUAUUUAAUGUCAGAAAGUUCAAGGAGGAAGAAAGCUGCAAAGAAAAAUGUGUUAAACAUUUCUAAAUUUAAAAUGCUACAAAUGUUAUCUGUCUUCUUCCGAGCGUGUUUUGGUGCAACAUUCGUAUGUUGUUGAGUUUUACUGAAAAUGUCACAUGCAGAUUUUAUGGUGCACCUUAAACGACUUACAAUGUAAUAUUUUGAAUUUUAGAGUAUUAAAUAAGAUCUGGAAAUAUACAAUAUUUGACCAUGGUUGUUAUCAUUAUGGCUAUUAUCGUUGUUGUUAUUCAAUUGAUAUUGUUAAGUUGUACCAAGUGUGUUAGUUUUUUUUUGUCUUGAAUAAUUGAGUUAUUUAAUUAGGGGUGAAGGUAGUGUGACGAUUCUAUAUGACAUCACACAGUGUAUGUAAAUGUAUAUGAACCUGGCUGCCUAGGCCUCCUGCUAUUGGGGAGAUGUGGAAUAAAGUUCUAUGAAAGGGAGUCUGA